UUGUAACUAUUGUAACUCAAUUCAAAGAUGUCCUCUUUCUUUCUUGUUGAUUUUAAUAGUCAUAAUAUAAAGCGAGGAAGAAUAUACAACGAUCAUUACUAAAUUCGUCUCGUACUAUGAUCUCAAUUCAACAUCUAUUUAUUUGGAUUAUGCGACUACAGUUUCAAAUAAGAUGCUAAAUCAACAACAUCCUCUGUUAAGCACCAUUGAUUCUUGCAUAGAGCCGCUUUUGAAGCGCGUUUUGCAAAUCAAGAGGCUUGGUAUUUGUUAUGGCCCAGUAAGAUUGGAUUCGGCAUCUUCGAGUUGUGACAAGAGUAAAAAUGAUUGCUUUAAGCUAUUGAUUCCCUAUGCCGGAGAGCAUCUUGUGUGGAAUGUAUUGUUCGAUUCCCAAUACCCUGAGAUGGGUCCUGACUUCAUAUUCAAUGAUCAAAGUUUCUUAAUGGACCCAGACGUCGAUACUUUAUCCAGUCGGGUGCCUAGUUUAGUUGAAUGGAAUCCUAACGAUACUGAUGCAUUGCUUAAUGUACUAUUUGAAUUGUUGUUGUAUUAUAAGGAACAUCAGCUACAAUUACUUGAAAGGCAAGAAGAUCGCUUACAACUGGAAUAUAGCACGCUUGUUGGUGACACAGAGAUAUCUUCUGAAGAUAUAGAAGUGAUAAUGUUACCAUUAGGAACAAAGCCUACAGAAGCAAGAUUUCUAAUCCGCAUUCUGAUAGAUUAUUCUCGGUUACCUUCACGCGUUAAUAAAUCACAGAAUGAUGAAGCAAUGCUUAUUAUUACAUUUUACGGACCAGAUUGGAAUCGUAUCGUGCCGCAACUUCGUCUAUCUAAGACCUUGGAAGAUCUUUUUGGUGGACCUGAUUCUUUGCACAUUCCACCAUUACCAGCGACUAAGUAUUUAAUGGAUUAUGUUCCAGAAGUGAAAAAGUCCAUAGAAGAGAAGAUAAACAAUAUGGUACAAUGUUUUGAAAACAAAAGGGAGUUUAUUACACAUUUAAUUGUACUACAGCGUGGUAGCAUACAGGAAUAUGAUGCUGUAGAAUUUAACUGGAUUACUAUUUUACUAGUAUACCGAGACUUCCAUUUUCUUGUACAUUUUCAUCUUUCUCCAACAUUUCCGAAAGAGAAACCGCGAAUUACCCUGCAAUCGAUAUAUCACGUAACGUUGCAGGGUGCGUUGUACAAAGAAAUAUUGGAUGAUAUACCAUACAAUCCUAGAUGGCAAAUAUCACAAAUGAUUGAGAAAUUGUUGACGUAUAUAAUGGAAAAUGCAGUUCAAAAAUUUCAAGCUAAUUCUAUCAGAAAUAAUCGUUUUUGAUUACUAUUCCAAAAAUAUAUUUUAUUACAGAAUGUAUAUUUAAUAGUUGAUUGAAGUAAAAAUUUUGGUCUAACUGA